CAAAGGUAUUUUGUCAUUUUUUAGUCAAUUUGUGCAACGAGCAGUCUAAUGGCAGUGUUACGCGGCUGGAGAUUUAUUGGCUUUGUGUCAUGCAUUGUGGGAGCGAUUGGACUUACACUGUAUCCAGUUGUCGUAGAUCCUAUGAUAAACUCGCAGAAAUACAAGUCCCUGCAAGAACACAACAGCAACCGCGCAAAAUAAGUAGAUAAUAUUUCCAGGAAUGUGUAUUAAAUUACGUUAUAUCCUCAUUUGUAGAUAAUUAUUAUUAUUAUUUCACAACUACUUAUUGCGCAAGUAAACGCCAACAGCUGUUUUGAGCAUAAUUUGUAUAUGUAUUUGUAAUCGACCGGUUUACCAAUUGUU